AUGGUUUCAUUGCGAGAAGUUCGAGAUGUUUUGCUGUUUGCUCAUGGUGACAAUUUGAUUAAYGACGAAGAGUUGCUUCUUCUUUAUGACUUGAACAGUUCCAACAACCUUGAACUUCCAUAUUGGACGCACAAACCGUUUGAACUUGAUAUUUUGACAGACGAUGAAUGCAAAUCGAAAUUUAGAUUUUUGAAGAACGAUAUUUACUUACUUGCUGAGGUUUUGCAAAUACCAGACGUGUUGAGAUGCUAUAAUCGAGUUGCUGUUGAUGGAAUAGAAGCUACUUGCAUUUUCUUGAAACGAUUUGCAUACCCUUGUAGAUAUUCAGACAUGCUGCCAAGGUUUGCAAGACCAGUGCCACAGCUUUGCAUGAUAUCAAACCAAGUCAUGAAUCAUGUUUACCAAACCCAGUACCACCGUUUACGUAAUUUUAAKCAGCCAUGGCUCUCUCAGGCUAAUCURCUAAWCUAUGCAGACKUUGUUCACGCUAAAGGAGCUCCACUUCAAAAUUGUUGGGGAUUCAUUGAUGGGACUGUUAGACCAAUUUUGAGACCAGGAAAGAAUCAGAGAAUCCUUUAUAACGGACACAAACGAGUUCACGCAAUCAAGUUUCAGKCYGUUGUUGCCCCAAACGGUUUAAUAGCCAACUUAYAUGGUCCAGUUGUCGGAAGGAGACAUGACAGUGGCAUGUUGGGGGAAUCUGGUUUACUUGGUGUUUUGCAAGGACAUGCCUUCUCUCCCCUUGGCCACCCACUGUGUUUAUAUGGAGACCUUGCCUACCCUAUUAGCGUCCAUCUUCAAUCACCAUUUAAAGGUCCAAGACUAACCCAAAUUCAAACAAAUUAUAAUUCUGCAAUGAGUAGUGCAAGAGCAUCUGUUGAAUGGGUUUUUGGAGAUGUUACYAAUUAUUUUGCUUUUCUGGACUUCAAAAAGAACUUAAAGAUUGGACUUGGUGCUGUAGGGAAGAUGUACUCUGUUUGAGCAUUGCUAACUAAUGCUCAUACAUGCCUCUACAAAUCCACAACGUCAUCCUAUUUUCGGUUUAGACCCACCUGGAUUACAAGAGUAUUUUCUCUAGAAAUUAAAUAAGACAUUUCAUACACUUAGAGUCAGU